GAGGAGAGGAAGUGCCUUGGAGUGUCCCGGCAGGGCUGUCAUGCUGCUGACGGUCUAGUGCCAGCAGCCCCGCUCCUGAGCUGGUGACCUAAGGCUCAGAAAGGGACCCGCCCCGGAGCAGAAGGGCAGCGAGCAGGACGCCAUGGAGGGGCAGGGCGCGGUGCUGGCCAAGCGGCUGGCUACCCUGCUCUCCGGCCUGCUGGAGUGCAUGUGCUUUGCCGGUGUCAUCUUCGGCUGGGCGUCGCUGGUGUUCGUGCUCAAGGACAUGCAUUACUUCGAGGAGCUGUGCGUGCCGGCGGCUAAUGGCACGGGCAAUGGCACGCAAGGCCCAGGUACGGCGGGGGAAAUGCCGGAGGGGGGAGGGAGUGCCGGGGAGGGAGUGGGCAGUGCUGGAGAGGGGUGGGGCAGCAACGCAGAGUCCCAAGCAAUUGUUCUAAGUCACAAGUGUGUAUGUGUGACUCACUGGGACUCAUCACGAAGCCGGAUCGUUCACGUCCCAGCAUGUGCUUGUGCGUGUGUUGUACACACUGGUGGUGUGGCGCACGGCUGGCUGUGUGCGUGCCCGGUGCCCUGGGCGAGGUCUGUGGGGUGCAGCUCCCUGACACGUGGUGCUUGUGUCCCCCCCGCAGCCACGGCGCUGAUCCUCUUCCCGGCCAUGUGUCUGCUGUCCGUCGGCGGGAUCCUCUUCAUCCUCACCAACAUGCAGGUGGGGAACCUGUUUGGGAAGCACCGCUCCACCAUCAUCACCCUCUACAACGGGGCCUUCGACUCGUCCUCCGCCAUCUUCCUCCUGGUCAAGGAGUCACAAGGCCGGCUGAUGAAUCUUGUCUGGGUCUGGCAGGACUCCAGCAGCCUGCAGUCCACUGGUGCUGGAGUUAGCCAGCAACUGCAAGGAUGGGACCCCAGGAGGGAGAUGGCUGAGCCCCGGGGGAUGCUGGGAAUGUCCGGGGAUUCCCCGGAGCCCUUGAGGACACUUGCUGCGAGUUUCCUUGCUGGCUGGCCCAGGGCCCAGAGGCAGCUGCUAGAGUUAAGCAUGAGGCUAUGGUAUGGUCUAAGACAGGGGUGGGGAACCUCCUCCAGAGGCCUCCCAGCCAUGUUCCUCUUCCUCUCGGCCUGCAGCAUCUGGCACCUCACCCGCACCUUCUUCCUGAUGCCUCGCUGGCACAUCCCCUACCCGCUGCCCUCUGGGUACACAUACGGGCUGAGGUGUGAGAGGCAGGGCUGCUCCUCCCACCUCCAUGAGGAGGAACCAAGCAACCCACGUGUGGAGCCAGGCCCGGGAGAUGCUGAUGCCAGAAAAGCCCUCAAGGGCAAUGGAGAGUCGGGGGCCGGGCCGGGCCACGGGGAGCAGCAACCUGCCAAGUCUUUCCGGGCCUGCGUCUUCUCCAAGCUCUUCUUCUGGCACCUCAUGUGGCUGUCGGUGAUGCAGCUGCGGCACUACCUCUUCAUCGGCACCCCCAACCCCCUCUUGACAAACAUGUUUCUGGGAUGCAUUAGCAAGAUGAGCACCUACACCAACGCCUUCGCCUUCACCCAGCUGUGCGGGGUUCUGUGUGCCCCCUGGAACGGGCUCAUCUUGGACCGGCACAAACGCGGGAAGACUAAGGAAGGGAGCGCCAAAGGUGCCGUGGACCCUCUGGCGGAUCUGCGCUCCUGUGUCCUGUCGCUGGCCGUGACGGCGCUGCAGUGCGUGGCCUUCUCGGUGUGCGCCUCCGUGCCGGUGCUGCCCGUGCAGUACGUCACCUUCAUCCUGCAGGUGCUGAGCCGCUCCUUCCUGUACGGGGGCAACGCCGCCUUCCUGGCCAUCGCGUUCCCUCUGGAGCACUUUGGGAAGCUCUACGGGCUGGUGAUGGGCCUGUCGGCCGUGGUGUCGCUCCUGCAGUACCCCUGCUUCGCGCUCGUCAAGGGACCGCUCGGCGACGACCCCUUCUAUGUGAACAUCGGCCUCAACAUCGUCAUCCUGUUGGCCUUUGUCAGCCCGCUGGUGGUGCUGCGGGAGUGCCGGCGCCGGGCGAAGGAGCAGGACGAGCCACGCGCCGACCCAUCCCCUACGGCCCUGCACAAGGCUGGGGUGGAAUCCUCCAUCUGACCCCCCCUCCCAUGGAUCUGGGGGGGCUGUUCCCCACACCAAAAGGGAACUAGGAAAGGGAAUUAGGGCGGAUCCCGGCCCCUCCCCAGCUGGGGCCCUCCACCCAGGAUUGGCAUUGCCAGCUCCAGCCAAACGCUGGCUGCGGUGCGGGGUCACGUUGGGCCCUUUGGUCCAGAGACUUGAUUUUCUCGGUGUUUGUAGAGCCGGGUGGGUAUAAAUCCCUCCGUGCUCCGAGGUGCCUGGGGGCAGCGCUGGGGGGUAUUUCAGGCCCCUCUCUUGGCAGGCUGCCUUCUAGCGCCCCCGGUUUCUUCUUUUUUAUGACCGUGAUUUUGUAGCUUUGUUGUAGCAGCGAAGGAGCCGGAUGCUCCGGCGCCUUUAUCCUGGAAAUCGCAUAAAUGCUAACGCGGCGCUAACCCAGCUCUGCACGGCGCCCGUGGGACAGGUCGCCCCCAGCCCGUGCUGCCCCAGUACUGGGGAACCCACCGACCCCAUGAGGAGGAUCCAACAGGAAGCAAGGCUCCUACUAAAAUCUUGCCCCCUGUUCUGGGUGGGGAUCUGGUGGGCUCUGGUGCCCACCCCUGCUUGACUGCAGAGCCUCUGCGCUGAGGCAUCUCCUCCCACGACAAGCCCCCUCAAAGCCGCUCUCCGGGGAGCAAAAUAUCUGAUGCUUCCUGAUAGCAGCCUACAGCAUGGGCUGCAGCCCCCUGCUCCCUUCUGGGCCCGGCCUCUCUGAGCCCUUUGCUUGCUGGGCACGUCCCAGGAGGACCCCAGAACUGGACACGGUCCCCGAGCAGCACUAACUCCCCCUUCUGCCCCAGGUGGGGUAACCCCCAGCCCCCUCCCACCCAGCCCAGCCCCAGCAGGAAGGAGCGAGGCCAGGGGUGCUGAAAGAAAAGCUGUUUUAUUGCAGGGAGUCACAGGCCAUGACCAAGAGUGGGGGCCAGAGGCUGCCUCCCCCUGGGGAGCUGUGGGGGGCUGGGAG